AGUUGCCACGAGCAUUGCAAUUUUAGUUAGUGAGCAUGACAACUACGCUGUAGUUUUAUUUUUCAUCAUAAAAUUGCCGUGCUUGCAAAUUUAAAUCGUCAUCUUUGCCCAUCCUUGUGAUAACUAAUGUUGCCAUCAAAAUGUUUGCAAUUGCCACCCUUCCUAGAGAACGUCCGCUGAAUAACAUCACCCUGGUUUUAGCACAAAGAACUUCUCUAACAAUUUCUAUAGGUUCAAUGUAAGAUCUAUCUGCUGUUUAAUCAUCACAUCAAUUUUUCCUUCAAUUUUUAUAGGGGCGAUAUCUUUAGCAAUUUAUUGGUAAAGAGCAUAAGGAAUGGGACAAGAAUUCUUAUGAGGGAAAGAUGAAACUGUUAUGUUUUUUUGAGGGAACUGUUAUGUUAUGUUAGCUGUGAUGAAACUGUUAUGUUAGCUAAUCAGAUUUGACACAAGCCUUGUCCUGACCUUACUCUAGUCAAUCAGACGGUACUAAUUGUUCAUCGGCUUGGCCCAUCGCAGACACAGGACACACCCGACCACAAGAAAAACAAUCAUCAGCCUGGCCCAUCGCACUUACACUAAUUGUGCUUCGUUUGACCUUUUGUUUAAGUAGGGUGGUUUUUGUCUGGUCUUGUGCAACGAAGGCAGAGUGGUUGGAGGGAGUAAUGAUCCUUUUGCUCUGACAUAUUUUUCUUUUCCUCUGUCGUCCAAGGUUUCGUGUGCAUCCUUGACACAUGUCCUGGGGCCUAAUCCCAUAUUAACAGGACGAUAGUGCCAUUGUUCGACAAAAUUUCUCCAGAACAAUGGAGCUGAAAACAACCAGCCACCCAACAGCUAGGAAUCUCCGUUCGAGCAAGAGAAUGCCGGCAUUUUCUAUGCUGGAGGUUGGCAAUCUACCAUUGUUUUGCUCCGUGAGAUCCCUCUUGGAUCGGCUGUCCCAUUAUCCCACUCUCAUUCCAAGAACUUGGAAUAUCAAUAACCCCAAAACAUAACGUCCUGGGCUGGAGAGACAAGGGCAACCAUACUUAAUUAUUUAAGUUUCUUAUAUACAGUAUAAGCGACGUUGCGCCCAUAGAAUACAGAAUACGAACCAACUACUGCAUAUAUAUGUUCGUUCCAGUACACCCAUACCGUGCUGUUUGUCGCAGUGGUAUUAGUUGCCGACGUCUCCUACGUGACACCAAGUCGUCUCCCCAGGUUGCUGGUUAGUCAAGCGCUAAUAGAAAACUAAGACUAUCUAACCAGACAGCAACCACGGCAUAGCUGUAUACUAUCAAUCCAUUUGAUGAUUAGGCAUAUACUAAUUCAACUUCCAACCAGCUGUUAGAAUAAGCACAAUCUUAACUGCCGCCGUUCGUUGCAGAAAACGCACCAAUAGAUGAUAAGGUACUGGAAAUCCCGGGACUUCUUUUUGCGGGUGUUACAUAAUUCUCAUCAUGUCGACAUCCGAUGGAGAGUCGGCUGAAUACAUACGGGCUGCACACCUACUACUACGACUAGUUACUGACUUAUAAACUUAUUUCAAAUCUCCUUGUAGAAACAACAAUAUGAAAUGCAUUUGCAUAAGUUGGUUUUGCACUGUGGCAAUAAUUGUUGCAAUUGACCAAGUCCAGGGUCCAAACCACCAUGGGCAUUAUGUUCUACAUGGUCCUCACUUGUGUAUAAAGCUAGCCAUUGGAGGGAAGGCGUUCGGGAGAGCUCGAGUACAGGCGGAUAUACCAAGUACACAAAUCAGUAAUCUUCAAGCAUCCUAGUUUAAUCUCGCCGCGAUCCCGCGAAGAUGAAGAUGGUGCUUAAGGUGCCGAUGGUCUGCAAGAAGUGCAAAUCUUGCGUUCUUACGAUUGUGUCCAAGGUCAAAGGGGUCAAGUCGAUGGCAUACGACGAGGAGAAGAGCACGCUGACGGUGGUGGGGGAUGUGGACGUGGUGGUGGUCGUGGACGCGCUGCGCAAGGGGAAGCACCCGGCGACGGUGGUGACGGUGGGCGACGAGAAGAAGGAGGCGGAGGAGAAGAAGAAGAAGGACGAAGAGGAGAAGAAGAAGAAGGAGAAGGAGGCCGAGGAGAAGAAGAAAAAGGAAUGCCUGGAGCUGAUGCAGAAGCACUGCCCCAAGGCUUGCCUGCCGCCACCCUACUGCCCGCCGCCACCCCACUGCCCGCCGCAAACCUACAGCUGCUACGUCGACGACCACCCCGGCCCCUGCACCAUCGUCUGAGCGAGAGGGGAGAUCAUCGAUCCAGCGCCACCGUACCAUAUAUACAGCCGAUCGUUGUUGCUGGUGCAAAUUAAGCCACUCCUCCAGGCCAGGCACACCAAUUAAUUCGUGCGUACGUCUUGUUCAUCGUUCAGAAGAUUCAGAGCUUGCAUGCACAUUAUUUUCUUCUCCUGUAUCUUUUCCGGUUCCUGUGAUCAAGAAUUGUAUGUCUCGACGGAGACCUUCUUUUACUACUCACAACUCGUCUACUUGCAA